UCAAAUCAUAUAUCAUAACUCUUAAAAAAAAUCGUUAUUUAUAAUAAAUUAUUAUACAUAUGAAGAACAUUUCAAAACUUGCACCUACUCCUUUUGCUAUUUUGAAUUGAUUUUCAAUUUCUGUGAUUUCUCAUUGUUGUACGGUUUUAAAGUAAUGAAGAAAAAAACGAUAAAAUAUAUUUUUUUAAUUAUACGUAGUUGAUAAAUAAAAAAUAUAUUGUAAAAACAUAAUAAAAAACAAAUUUAAAGUCCAUAGAAUAUAUUUUUAUACAUGCGUAAUGAAUUACCUUUCAAUGUUGAUUGUAAUAUUGUAAUUAUAUUGUUGGCAUCCUCCAACAACUUUAUAAGUUUCUCCUUAGUAGGACUUUUUUUGUCUUUUAUCUCUUCAUCAGAGGAAUACGUCGUCGAAAGACUUCGAGACGAAUUUAUAGACUCGUCCAAAUCUUUCAUUUUUCUUUUUUUGCUACUUGUGUUACUGUUUGAGAAUUAGUGAAGUUUUCACUAGUUCUCGCCCCGUCAGGUGGCAGCAUCCAUCGAUCACCGAGCGCAUGGAUCGCUAAACGCCGACAGCGCACGGUAGCGCUGGCGGUCACGUUCAGUUUCUACUCUCUAGUGCUCAUGGCCCCGGCCUAGUGUGUAUACGCAGCUCAGAUAGAAUAGUAAAUCGAGUGAAUCUAGUAAUUGUGAGAAUUCAUCAGGGAUUCUAGUGCUCAUCUCGUUCAACUCAUCUCAGCCACGUUCGCCUAAGGAGAAAACGUAGCAGACAACUCCGGUGCAUCAACAAGGACCUUCUCAUCGCUCAGCACGCGCAGCGCGCGCCGGCGCCACGUGCUCAACACGGCUCACGGGCAUCCUCACAUUAAGGUGAUAGAUUAAUAAAAUUGACUCACGCAAGUGCUCAUCGGACAGUAAGUUAGCAUACAGGACUCAACGUGUAUCCUAGUGUGAUUAAAAUGACAUUCUGUGAUAUAGCAUGACGAUAGCCACAGACAUCUCCGCAUUUCGUGCUGUAAUUUAUUAGUAAAAUAAAUUGUAUUAAUAUCUGACUCCACGACGCCCUUUCUCACCCUCGUGAACAUCCACAGGGCAUAACCGCGAGCUCACGCGAGCAUUUCGCAUACAUUUUGGUCCUUCGAGCCGGAUCGUGGAUCAUCCAGCGAAGUGCGAGGAAUCACGUCGUGAUCACGCAGCGAGCACGUGACCUACUCAACCGAGCCUCUCAAAACCAAUAUCGUUCGUCUCAUCCCUGCUCAUCGCGGAAGGUUUUCACUCGCUCAACAUGUCGGAGCCGAACAAACAGCUCAAGGCCGACCGUCCUGUCACACCGCAGCUAGACGUGCCAUCGGAGGAACGGGCGUCCUCUCGAAAUGUCUCACCUGUGCGCCUUUCCGCCGAACUUGCGCUUAAGGUACAUACGCAGCUCGGUCGACUCACCACAAUGAAGCGGAUCUCGGAAAUGAUUCCGUCAACUCAUGACGAGACCUCCUUGGAGGAGCUCGCUCAACUACUGCACACCCUAGAAGAGACUCAUAAGGCAUUUCUCAAGGAGCACGCAUAUUUUGAAGUGUCGUGGCCUGCGGCGCUCAUCAAUCACGAAUAUUUUGCACGGGGUACUCAUGGCGAAGAGGCACUAGUCUAUAUGACUGCUCGACGCAACAUAGGCCGGCUCCGCAGCUCACUUUCCGCUGUCGCGGCUCCCACGGGGACACACGCCACGGAAGAUCUCAAUAGAGACUCUCGUCUCCCUGACAUUUCGCUCCCUAGCUUUUCGGGUGACUACUCGAAGUGGCCGGAAUUCAGGGAUCUUUUCGGGAGUAUGAUCAUCGACGACAAGCGUCUCACACAGGUAGAGCGAUUACAUUACCUGCGCUCAUGCUUGUCGGGAACGCCGGCUCAGCUCAUUGGAGGAUUACCCAUGCAAGGCAACUCAUUCGGGCCCUCGUGGAAACUGCUCUCCGAUAAGUAUGAAAAUCCACGACUUCUCAUCCAUGCUUAUCUGGAUAGGAUAUUUGGCGACUCAACCCCCGCUCCACGCAGGGCCGCCGCCCUGGACAAGGUUAUCGCUGGUACACGGGAGGCGCUCUCAGCUCUGGAGGCCUUGGGAGUCACUCGGGACAUGUGGGAUUGCAUCAUUGUCUAUCAGGUGAGCAAAAGGCUGGAUCGAGUUACCAAAGAACAAUGGGAGACUGCGCAAGGUGCCAUGAAGGAAUACCUUCGAUUUGAUCAACUUGAAGAGUUCCUUCAUUCAAAGAUAGGCGCCCUCGAACGAAUUGAGGCAGAUCCUGCCUCAGCGAGCCCAGGCACAUCUCGGGUGUCCUCCAGAAGGGCAACAGCUCACCAAGUGUCUCAAACGCCCGCAUCCGAUCCAGCUUCCACAUUGUAUCCCUGUGACUGCUGCAAUGGGCAGCACUUUGUGGUGACGUGUGCCCGGUUCAGGGAUCUCUCUGCAGCAGACCGGCACAAGCUUGCCGUCUCGAAGAGGCUCUGCUUUAAUUGCCUUGGACGUCACAACGUUAAGGCGUGCAAGAGCCAGCGAGGUUGCAAGAAGUGCAACCAUCGCCAUCACACUAUGCUGCACGAGGCACACGGCUCAGCUCAGACUGCUCAACCAGCCAGCUCAACGACUCAGUCGAACCAGUGAGAAC